CUUGCCCAUAUUUAGACACAUCCGACUGGAUAGUGAGGGAUGUCUGGUCACGUUCAUACCGGAGACGCAGAGGCGAGCGAGCCGCUUCUCGCCGGAGACCACCUGGAGCCAAACGAGCUGGAUUCAGAUGAAGGUGAAAUAAUUUUCGACAGGAGUGCCUCGAACAUCACAAGUCAUGGUGGUGCAAGUGCACAAAGAAGAUUAACAUUUGAGGAAGCAGUGGAGGAAGCAGGUUUUGGUUUGUUCCACUGGCUGCUGUUGGUUGUGUGCGGCUGGGCCAAUGCCAGCGACGCCAUCGAGAUUCUUUGCGUGUCUUUUCUGCUGCCAACGGCGCGCUGUGAUCUGCUGCUGAGCUCCUCAGACAUGGGCCUGCUGACUGCCAGUAUUUUCCUCGGAAUGAUGGUAGGCGGCUACAUGUGGGGAUACUUGGCUGACCAGAGGGGGCGCCGCAGGGUCCUGAUUGUGUCCCUGACAGUGAACGGGGUGUUCGGAGGUCUGGCCAGCACGGCUCCCUGGUUUUGGCUCUUCCUGCUGCUGCGGUUCAUCAGCGGCAUUGGGGUCGGCGGAUCGAUUCCUGUUAUCUUCUCGUACUUCUCAGAGUUUAUGCCCCGCCUGAGGAGAGGUGCGAUGAUCAGCGCUCUGGCCACUUUCUGGAUGGCAGGAAACAUUGUGGCUGCAGGUCUGGCCUGGCUGGUGAUUCCCAGAACCUGGGCACAUUUCUCUCUAGGAUCUCUGGACUUCCAGAGCUGGAGACUGUUUGUGGUGCUGUGCUCUGUUCCCAGCCUCACCUCAGCCCUCCUCUUCAAGCUGCUCAUGCCUGAAAGCCCCAAGUUCCUCAUGGAGGCGGGCCGGGAGAAAGAGGCGAUCCACGUCUUCCGCCUGAUGUUUAAACUGAACAUGUGGAAAAAAGGAAAAGCUUUCCCGGAAUUUGGUUUGUCUACCAGCUCCAAGCAAAGAGGGAAACUGGAAGAGACUAAAACUUGGGGCUCACCUAAAGAGCGACUCGGCAGAAUUAUUAAAAAGGGCUUGGGGCCUAUUAAACAGAUGUUUGAUGGUUCACUCAAAUCCAGGAGCAUCGUUCUGCUCAUCAUCUUCUACUGCAUCUCCUUCGGUUAUUACGGGCUGUGGAUGUGGUUCCCAGAGCUCUUUAUGAGAAUCGAGGAUGGCGGCUCUCCCUGUUCCAACGUGACCCGACCGUCUACACUCAGCAACCACAACUGUUACCCAGUGAAGACAGCAGUGUACAUGGAGGGUUUCAUCAUCGCUGCUUCAAACCUGCCAGGCAACAUCUUCACUAUUCUCAUGAUGGACAGCACUGGAGGAAAGACUCUGCUGUCCUGCAGCCUGCUGCUGUCCAGUGUCUGCGUCUUCUUCAUCUACGUGGUCCAGACCAAAGCUCAGAGUCUCAUCUUCUCCUGCGUCUUCAGCGGCGUGUCGGUCAUCGCCUGGAACGCUCUGGACGUGGUGGGAACCGAGCUGUACCCGACCCAGCUCAGGUCCUCCGCUCUGGGUUUCUUCACAGGAGUGGGCCGAGUGGCGGCGAUCACGGGUAACGUCGUGUUUGGAAACUUGGUGGACACAAACUGUGCUGUGCCGGUGCUGAUGGUGUCAGCUCUGCUGCUGUCUGGUGGAAUUGUGGCUUUCCUGCUUCCAAAAACCAAACAGACGGAGCUCACCUGAACACUCUCGUUAUUUAAGAUGAAUAAAUUAUUAGCAGACAUCCUCCAGAAGUCCUUACAGAGGCAGGCUGGAGCGUUGUUCAAUCAUAUCUAUAUCUGCUGUUGCUGCUUUAGGAGGAUAUUUAAAUCCUGUGCCUUCUGUCGUCUCUCUCUGUGCCUUUUUUAUGGUGCCACAGCAGCUCUCUCCACCUCCUCCAACCAUUAUUAUUCAGGAAAAGUGAAUAAGAAGAGAAAGAAAUGCAGGUGUGCUACAUAUUGUGAGCUCAUGAGAGUUAAAAUCCUUACUAGAAGAGAGUACGAACCAUCAAGGACACCUUUAAAAAGUUUGCCAGUCUUUAAGCUUAGAAAAAAAACCCUGGAUCCUCUUAUUUUUAUGUGUUGAAAAUGACACUGAAAUUUCUUGAGUUUAAUCAGUAACUAAAUUUAAAACUGAUUGAGUGUCAUUUACAAAGAAAAAGUCCUUGAACUUUACUCUCAUCAUGACCUUAAAAGGCUGUUUGAUGCCUUUAUUUGGUGCAUCUGAUUAUGUUUACUUAGUGUUUUGGACAUUGUGCUGUUAGAGGCGGUGAAGAUAAGUAUGAAAAACACAUGCUGCACAUUCCAAAAAAACCUUCUGUUAUAAUUUAAUUUAGUAUUUAUGAUUCACAGGUAUUUUAAAUGAUCAGUGCCUGUAAAUUUAUGUUUGUAAUAUGUCUGUUUGAAAAGGAAAAAGACAUUGUGAAACUUUUGAUUCCUUGAAAAUGUUGUGUUCUUAAAGGGGACGUAUCAUGCUUAUUUCAAACUCUAUUUUUUAUAUUCUGCGGCUCUAAUGGAAUAUCUUUGCAUUAUUUACAGUUUACAAAAGUCCUAGUUUAUGUUAAAAUGACCCUUCAUGCAGCCCCUCAGUUCAGCCUCCGUCUGAAACAGGCAGUUUUAGCUCCUCUCGCUUUAAUGCCCCCCCCUCCCGAUGAGCCCACUCUGUUCUGAUUGGCCAAGCUGCACAAACAGUAUUAGUAGGAUUUCACUUCUUUUUCUCUUUUUUUUUUACUCAGAGUGUCAACUUCUUAAAUACAUCUGUACACGUUUGAGCCAAAAUCUGAUACAAAAUAUGAGAGCAGACAUUAGCAACAAGGACUAUAGAACAGACGUAGGUGUUUCGGUUAAACUGGUGACCGUGUUAACUGUUGACUUUCUCACAAUACAAGAUACAUUUACGAGAGGUGAAUGAGUCUUCUGAACACGAUUUAACUCACAAAAAUGGGUAACUUAACUUAGAUAUGCAACAUAAAUGAAUAUGUAUUUUUUAGAAAGGAUUAAAGUACAAUUAAAAAAAUAAAAUAAAAAAAAGGCUUUUAGGAGAACGCCUACAUGAAAGUCACAAGUACAGGUAAAGCUGUAAAUAAAGCACUCCAAGCAGGAUGAAGAUUUUGACUUGAAGGCAGCAUUUUUAGAUAUGUUCAACUCAAGCAGCAUAAUAGCAGCAUCCAAAUAACAGAAAAUCAGAAAAAGCAUGAUGUGUCUCCUUUUGAAAAACACAACCAAGUGUCCAUUUUUAUGUAAUCCAAAUCAUGUUUACAUCUAUGCCUACAUUUCAGUGGAGUCAAUGGAGGGUUAUUUAAUUUGCGAAGCACUUUCCUGUAAAAAAUACAAAAACAAAAAAAUACUGGACCACAUGAGUUCAGCAUUCCAGUAGAAAACCAAAGACUUCACAAUCAAGUAAAAUAAAGUUUUAUAUCAGCCUGAGUUACCACAUGACUGAUUCUCAGACAGAUUUCACAUUACUUUGUGACUACUGUAGCAGUGUUUUUUUUGUUUUUGUUUUUUAAAAUAAAAGAUUACU